AUGACUCACCUCAAAUUCGUUACUCUCGAUGUUUUCACAUCAACACCCUACUCUGGCAACCCGCUAGCAGUAGUUUUCCUCCCAGACUCAAACGCUCUAACCCAGAGCCAGAAGCAAACCCUCGCACGGGAGUUUAAUCUCUCGGAGAGCAUCUUCGUCCACCCAGUCCGCGAGAAAGGCAAGCGGACCAUCGACAUCUUCACCACAGACUGCGAAAUUCCCUUCGCAGGCCAUCCCACCAUUGGCGCAGCCUCCUGGUUCCUGAGUCAUUCAACUGACCCCGCGGAUGGCGAUGGCGUCACCACCCUCGCGACCAAGUCCGGCGAUAUCCCGAUCUCACUCCAGAAUCGCGAGACUAAAUACGUUGCUGCGCAGAUUGCACACAAUACGCGUAUCCAUGCUGCGCGGUUCAGUUUGAAGGAGUUAGUGAGGCUGCACCCGACACUGGCGCCGUUCUUUACGCGUCCAGAUGUUACUUUCCCGCUCUUUUCAAUUGUCAAUGGGAUGAGUCAAUUGUUUGUUGAGCUUCCUUCGCUUGAGGCGCUGGCUGCUGUUACGCCUGCGACCGGUGGUGAAUUGGUUUCAGCUGAUUAUCUUGAUGAAGGAUGGACGGUUGGAUUGAUCUGUGUGUACUUCAUUGUUCGGGAUGUUGAGGAUAGUGUCACGAAGAAGAAGGUUAUUCGGUCCCGUAUGAUGCUGGGAAAUCUCGAAGAUCCCGCUACGGGCAGUUCAGCCAGUGGAUUGGCAGCGUACUUGGCGCUUACAGAGGGCAAGGCUGGUCAGAAUUCUCAGUAUCAUGUUGUUCAGGGAGUUGAAAUGGGACGUCGGAGUGACAUCGGUGUUGGGGUUACUUUGGGUGGUGACAAGAGGAUCGAACAGGUUGUGCUGACGGGUACUGCGGUUAGCGUGUCUGAAGGAAAAGUGCUGAUCCCUGAGUAA